UGCAGCUCCACCCUCUCGAAUCCAAGCUGCAAGUCUACUGGUUGCGGCUUCAGUGCCGGCGGUAAUCCGGACAGGUCUUCCGCGUCUGCAGGAACAUUGAUGUUCUCUGAAAUCCAAGAGAUUAUUAAUAAAGGGGGGGCUCAAGUUACAACAGACAAGACAGCCGCCGUCAAGUUUGUCACUUGGGGUGGCAACCAGUGGGUCUCGUAUGACGAUGAAGAGACGCUCAAGUUGAAGAUGGACUAUGCAAACGGUAAGUGUCUUGGAGGUGUCAUGGUAUGGGCUGCAUCAACAGACGACGCCAAAGGAACCGCCAUCAAGGCCCUCGCUAAAGCGUCAGGGCGAACCGACUUAUCGAAAUCUCUCUCCGCAAAGGCAGUCAACAGCGACCCUCCGCAAUGCGUUUGGGGCGAGUGCGGUGUAUCGUGCCCUGCUGGUCUCGUCCCUGUCGAAAGCUCAGGAAGCAACGCGAGCCCCUUGGGCAUCGAGCUAGGAUGCAACCAGGGCAAGCGUAACUUCUGCUGCCCGUCCAAGAAUCCGCCAACCUGCAAAUGGAAGGGGAGCCCCAAGUUCUGCGGCGCGCUCGCAAAGAACCGAUGCAGCGGCAAAGAAAUCGAGAUUGCUGCAAGCACAGAUGGGUGCUGGACUGGCCACAAGUCGUUGUGUUGCACCAAGACUGAUUCGACGAAUGCUCUUGACUCUUGCGAAUGGCUUGGGGCAGCCCCGUUCUGCUCGGCGGGCGCAACUAUCGGAUCGAUCAUCGGAUUAGGCACUACACCCGUUGCGGGAGCGUACUCUUUCCUUUCCUAUGGAUGUCCCAACAAGGACAAGCCGAAGGAACUCACGACAGGAAAGCAGGGGGAGGGUGGACAGCAGACCUGUGCUUACAACGGAGGCUUCAAGAGCUACUGCUGCAAAGACCCUGUGCCCUGGAAAGAGUGUAAACGGAGAUCCGGGAACACUGUCUGGGUUCAAUGGAAGCAGAUUCUAUCCGGCCCCCUUGCCAAUCUCUUUUUUGACUUUUCGACAGACUGCAAGACAGGUUGCGACAACGGAGAGGUGACGGUAGCAACAGAUGGUUUUGGCUGCCGCUCCGGGACAUACGCGUACUUCUGUUGUGGCAACCCCAAUACCCCAGUUGAGCCUCAGCUACCAGAGAUCAGUCUCUGUCCCAGCCCAGCAGGCCUACCGGAUUUAUCCACAACACCAGAGUCUGAUUCAAGCCCCAAGAACGUGUUCAAAGAAGGCGAUGUCUUUGAUGAUAAUUGCAUACUACCGCCGACCAACAAGAGACGACACAUAAUCAGGGCUGCUCGUCCGCAUCAGCGAGGCUUCGACACCAAUGAGACAAGCUCGGAGGAAGCAGAGCAUCCGGCGUUCGCUGCUAUGGAUGCGUCGGACCUCUUUGGCAGAUCGCUUGAGAAGCGUGGUGCCAGGGACAUUGCUAUGAAGCUGUGUGUUUUCAACGAGCAGACCAGCAGCAUCUAUACCCACAACUACCCUGGUGCGACCAGCGUCAUUCGGAGUACCGGGAAGGCGUUCACUGUGGCAAAGCAAGGCGUUUGUGCCGCUGUUGGCAUCGCAGCUUUGAACAACCUUGACCCAAAUACUAACUGGGUUACGGAGCAUGUUUUUGAAAAGCAGGAGUUUCGUGACGCGGUUGAGUGGAUGAUGGAUGGCAACACCCCAAAAGGCGUUGCUCUCAUCGCUGGGAAAGCCCCCUUUACUGGGGUUUUUGAUCUCAAUGGCUUGUUUCAGGACAUAUGGCCCUCGAAGACAUACACCUCCCUUGUCGUUGUCCGCGAUUGGGCAGGCAACAUCAACGACGCCUUCACAGGUCUGCUUGGUCGUACGUCAGACCAAGGCCUCAACAACGCAAACAUUGUCAACCUGCAGGUCUGUGACGCCGAUUUCAACCGCUACAAAGAGUUCAUCGUUGCAGGGAGCGACUUCAUGAGCCAGGCGACUUGGAAGAACUUCAACCCUACGGGCCGUAUCGCCAUCUUAUCCGACGUUAUUGACACUUUCGCAUACCGAAGUGAGACAAGCGUCGUGAGCUCGUACCAAAAGACCUACUCUGCGCUCAGUACCCUUUGGGGCGACUUUGGUCGUUAUGCCCUCAGUAAGGGCGUUAGCUACGACUUUGCUUCCGCGUGGAAGGAAGUUGUUCCCGCCAACCUUGAGAGCCAGGUCUCAUCUGCUCGUACGCUUUUUGAGAGUUAUGUCAAGAGUGAACUUGCAUUCUGGAAAUCGACUGCUGCCGCGACAACAUACUCGCCAGUAGUCGUCAAGGAGAUGACUGACAAAUUGACUGACUGGCAAGGGAAAGUGACAACACUUAUUUCACUCCCUAUCAAUAAGAUGACAGGGUGA